AUGAAUGGAGCCGGAAACUACGUUACCCAGAAGGCUUCCGUCGUACGUCGCCGGCCAAUGACGGCCAAGGAGAGGGGCGUUUCCGGCGGCCACGUAGGCGGGGCGGGACUUCAGGCUGCCUCAGAGCGGCGGCGCCCGGGCCUGUGCGCUUUCCCCCGGGGAGACCGAGGCCCCCCCCCGGCCGGGCCGCCCCUGUGCGCGCGCUCCUCACGGGGCCCCACGAUGGCUGCGGCGCUGACGGACCUGCCCCAGGUAUCUGUGACCUUUGAGGACGUGGCCGUGACCUUCACCCGGGAGGAGUGGGGACAACUGGACCUGACCCAGAGGAGCCUGUACCAGGAGGUGAUGCUGGAGAACUGUGGGCUGCUGGUGUCGCUGGGGUGUCCUGUGCCUAAGCCAGAGCUGAUCUAUGAGCUGGAGCUCAGGCAGGAGCUGUGGGCCAUGAAGAAAGACCUGUCCCAGAGCACCUGUCCAGGGGACAGUGCAAGCCUGGAAGCCACAGAGCCAACCUCUCCUGAGAUCAUCUUUUCUGAGGGAGCAUCAGCCCAGGGACAGCUGACACACAGAACCUCCAGGGACUCCCAGCUGGGUCAAGACAGGGAUCAGGAGUGGCCACUGGAAAUGCAGCACCAGCACAUGAAACCAGGAGUAGACCCCCAAAAGGAGCAUCUCCCUAGGAAAGUGAGCACUGACCAUGAUGAUCUGGGGACAGAUGAUGGUACCUGUUCAGGAGUUGUACAGGAGCCAGUCUCUGCAGGAGAUGCUCUCCAUGAUAGUGACUCACAUGGACCAGCUAAAGAUGCCACAACUCACGAAGAAAGAAAUUCCUAUACAUGCAAGGAAUGUGGGAAAGUGUUUAACAAAAAACGUCUCCUUGCUCAGCACGAGCGGAUUCACUCUGGAGUGAAGCCCUAUGAGUGCACAGAGUGUGGGAAAUUCUUUAGAAAGAGCACAUAUCUCCUUCAACACCACAUGGUCCACACUGGGGAGAAGCCUUACGAGUGCAGAGAGUGUGGGAAGGCCUUCAACCGCAGGUCCCACCUUACACAGCACCAGCGGAUCCACAGUGGAGAGAAGCCCUAUAAGUGCAGUGAGUGUGGGAAGGCCUUCACUCACCGCUCCACAUUUGUCCUGCACAAAAGGAGCCACACAGGAGAAAAACCGUUUGUCUGCAAAGAGUGUGGAAAAGCCUUUCGUGAUCGGCCGGGCUUCAUCCGACACUACCUCAUUCACAGCGGAGAGAAUCCCUACGAGUGCUUUGAGUGUGGGAAGGUCUUCAAACACAGGUCCUACCUCAUGUGGCACCAGCAGACCCAUACUGGGGAGAAGCCCUAUGAGUGCAGCGAGUGUGGGAAGGCCUUCUGUGAGAGUGCAGCCCUCAUUCACCACUACAUCAUCCACACUGGGGAGAAGCCCUUUGAGUGCACAGAGUGCGGAAAAGCCUUCAACCACAGGUCCUACCUCAAGAGACACCAGCGGAUCCACACUGGGGAGAAGCCCUAUGUGUGCAGCGAGUGUGGGAAGGCUUUUACCCACUGCUCUACUUAUAUCUUGCAUAAGAGGGCCCACACUGGGGAAAAACCAUUUGAGUGCAAAGAGUGUGGGAAAGCCUUCAGCAGUCGGGCGGACCUCAUUCGCCACUACACUAUCCACACUGGGGAGAAGCCCCAUGAGUGCAUCGAGUGUGGGAAGGCCUUCAGCCGCAGGUCUGGCCUCACGCGACACCAGCGGAUUCACAGUGGAGAGAAGCCCUAUGAAUGCAUCGAAUGUGGCAAGACUUUUUGCUGGAGCACAAAUCUCAUUAGACACUCGAUCAUCCACACUCGAGAGAAGCCGUAUGAGUGCAGUGAAUGUGGGAAGGCCUUCUGUCGUAGCUCAUCCCUCACUCAGCACCAAAGGACUCACACUGGGAGAAGCCCCAUCAGUGUGACAGAUGUGGAGAGACCUUUUGACAGUGGACAGGCCUCCGUCAACAUCCAGGAACUCCUGUUGGGGAAGGACUUUUUGAAUGUAACUACUGAGGAAAAUCUUUGGCCAGAGGAACCUUCUUACUCAGCAUCUGAUCGUUCAUACCAAAGGGAACGCUCACAGGUGUCAUCCCUGUGA